GAAUGCGGUCUCACUUCUGAAAACAGUGACAAUAUGUGCUCUGACGCGGUAGCCGCGUAUAAAAUGUGCGUACAUCCCCGGUGAACCGCAUCCUCAUAUUCUCCCAGUCUACUUCCAUAGCUUACUGGUCUAGUCAACAUUGCCAUGAAUACCUCAGGCCGAUAUCCUAAGGGGUUCGCGCUCAUCGUGAAUGUGAUCGAACCUGGUGCCGGUACAAAUACCAUAAAACAGCACCACAAAUGCAAGGUGGCGAUUGAGAAGAGAUUGUCCGAUGCCGGGUAUCGGGUCAUCGCGGAGGACCAUGAAGCCUCUUGCUUGUCCAAGCCCGGUGUUAAAGUCUAUGAAGGCGUUUCGAUGGCGGCUAAUAAUUGGAUGCACCCCCUCGCAAAGAAAUGGACCUCUCGAGGCCGAGUAGGGCUGAAGCACAUCAUAAUAUGGAGAGCGAGGGCAAAUCGCUCCGAUGGCUUCAGGAACUCGAAGGUCGCGCCCCUCGACCUACAAGAAUUGCGCUACACGGGAAUCCACCUGUCCCUAGUGACUGUUGGCGCCUUAUCUGCUGGAGAGGAACGCGUGUUCCGUCUUCACUAUGGGGACUCAGCUCCGGAUGACCCCACUGGUUGGGAGGGAUGGCCUAGGUUUGGUGUCCCCUGUGCAUUGUACGGUUUCCCUAUCCCGCGAUAUAUCCCACCCUGGGAGAUGUAUGAAGACCGGGCAUUACCGAAGGAGAAAGAGAAGGGACGAAAUGAUUUCCGGAUUGCAGCGCGCACAUCCACACUCAGUCCACACGCUGAGCAGGCCGCGCCCGCUGUUUCCUCAAACCCUUCUAGCACUCGCGCCCAGGCACCCUCAGGAUAUAUGCAAGCUGCUCAUCCUCAAAGCAGCCCAGUCCAGCAGCCGAUGCUCCCGUCGUUCGACUGCGACUUUAAUACUGUCGGAGGGCAUAUCUACCGGAAACGGUCCCAUGCUGCAAGCGACCCGCAAAUUCCAGAUGUUCCCUCGGUACCAAACAAGCGUGCUCGAGUAUCACUCAUGCCAACAAGACCCUCAACAAGCUGUUCGUUGUCGUGGACUCAGGUUGAGCGGACUAAUGCCGAUAUGGACACUGGCUUUGUAAUCGAGCCGGCCCUUGCCUCUAGCGCAAUCACUUCGCUUGCUCCACUGGACUUCAUGCCUUCCGAUAUAGCGCGCGAUAUCUUUGCGGAUGCUAUCGGCUGCUGGGGUGCAGAAAACCUGAAUAUGCCUCCGAUUUUGUCAUGCGACGACCAAUAUGCGUAUGGCGACUUUAUGGAGUCAUUGACACCGCCCGCAAUCAUGUUGGCUGAAGCGACUUCGUUCGAAGCAGCAAUCCAGAGCAAUUUGGCUGUGGACCACACUACUCUGGACGAUGAGAUGCUUCAGAUGUUUUGGCAGUAUCAUGCUGAUAUGAUCUCAGAAGAAACAAUUGCGGCUCAAUCUGCAGGCGAAGGCGCUGAGGACCAUCUGGACACAUUCACGAGGAAUAUGAUCUCUGGUGUAGACGAGGGAGCUGGAAAGGCGGAUGAUACUGAUUACACUGACGUACCAUCCUUCGGCCCACCCUGGUGUGAUUCGGGAGCUGCUGUGGAGGUAUUCGAGGACAAUUCGCUAUCCGACGAGCUUUUCACUGCCAGUCAGACGUCCCUACCUGUCUUCGCAGUCGAUAGCAACAUUUGUGGUUAUCAUCCCGGUGACGACGACUAUCAGGAUCUACUUGAACUGAUGUUGCAUCCCAGUGAUACCUCCAUUUAUAAUGCCGCCGUGGAAGGCAACGAGUGCCCUCAAUAUCAAGGAGGCUUCGGUUAUAACGUUCUCGAAGACGGUAUAGACGACCCGCACAGUCUCCAUAGCGGUGGCGAUCUAGGUCACGACAACUGCUCUUAUGCGCCACGCGAUUUUUCAGAGGAUGCACUCUAUGGCAGUUACAUCGAUGGGUCUGUAUUCCUGGAAUACAGUGACCCUUCAGCCUCAUUGGUUUCAGAAGAUUUAGACUCUGAAUCGUUAAGCUCAGCCUCUGAAACAACCUUGGCAGACGGAGAACACUUCAACAUUGCUGUUGCUUGUGAUAAGCUAAUGGCGCGAUAUUCUUCAAAUCCAGAAGACGCUAUAUUCGACUCCAUUCGGCUAUGGUACAAUUCCUUCUGCACCGAAACUGUCAAAGAUUCUCAGGCAGAAUACGAGGCGCAUGAUGAGGACGGAAAGACCAUACCAGACGAGCGAUUCAACAGGCCUGCAAUGGCAGAUACAUCAACAUCUCAACUUACCUGAAACCCUCCGAAUAAGGGUCUCCUAUUUCUACUU